CAAGAGUUUAUUUUUAUAACAACGAUUUCCGGAAAGUUUCGUAGGUGUUGCUUUAGCGCAGACUAGACGAUAUGGCGGACCUCGUGGAACUGUUCGUUAGUAUUGGCUUGAAUGAACAGAAGGCCAAAGAGACACUGAAAAAUGAACAGCUGACAGCAUUCUUGAAACAGGUCAUCCAUGAGGCUGAACGCAGUGGAAAUGGAGCGGUGAGGAAUAAGGAGAUGGGCAAGCUGAUAUACCAGUUAGCCACAACAAUGAAGUCCCAGAUCCGUAGUCACAGCUCACUCUUAGCUAGAUAUAUUGCUGAGCGCAAGAUCACUUCGGAAGUGCAGCUGUCAGCUGCAUUAGAUUACUUGCUGCACAACCCUCUGACUCCUGUAGAUUGGCAAGCUCUUGAACAGGCUUGUGGAGUGGGUGUGAUCAUCACACCUGAAGAGAUCGAAAGUGCUGUUGAGUCUGUCAUCAAACAGUACAAAGAGGAUCUGAAGAAGCAGAGAUACAAAUUUAAUGUGGGAAAGAUUCUUGGUGAAGCUAAGGCAAAGCUGAAGUGGGCUGAUGGGAAAGCAGUGAAGAGUGAAGUUGACAUGCAGAUUCUGGACUUACUUGGGCCAAAGACUGAAGCUGACCAGGAAAAACCAUCCAAACAGAAAGUAUGUCAAGUGCAUCAAAUAGAAAUUAUUGCUGAAGAUGGUCAUGUAAAGUCUUUCAUGGAAGUCAUGGGGGAUGCUGUAAAAUUCCAUAAGCCAGGAGAAAAUUAUAAGACUGAUGGCUAUGUUAUUACACCUCGUACAAUGGAGCUACUGCAAGAACAUUUGAAAACUGUUGGUGGAAAGGUUCACACUAGGUUUCCACCAGAACCAAAUGGCAUUCUUCAUAUUGGACAUGCUAAGGCCAUCAAUUUCAACUUCGGCUACGCCAAGGGCAUGGGAGGAAAUUGCUAUCUGCGUUAUGAUGACACCAACCCAGAAAAGGAAGAAGAGCGUUUUUUUCAUGCCAUCAGAGAUAUGGUUGAAUGGCUAGGCUACAAGCCCUUUAAGGUGACGUAUGCCUCAGACAACUUUGAAAAGCUGUACGAGUGUGCCGUGGAACUUAUAAAACGAGGCCAUGCAUAUGUCUGCCAUCAGCGACCUGAGGAACUCAAAGGAUUCAAUACCCCUGAUUCUCCUUGGCGAGAUCGCCCAGUGGAGGAAUCUCUUCAGCUGUUUGAGGAUAUGAGGAAAGGCAAAAUCAAUGAAGGGGAGGCCACUUUGAGAAUGAAGACAACAUUAGAAGAAGGGAAAAAGGACCCUGUGGCAUACCGUAUCAAGUUUACACCUCACCAUCGCACUGGUGACAAGUGGUGCAUCUACCCAACUUAUGAUUUUACACACUGUCUGUGUGAUUCCAUAGAAAAUAUAACACAUUCUCUGUGCACGAAGGAGUUUCAGUCAAGACGUUCAUCCUAUUACUGGCUGUGCAAUGUGCUGGACAUGUACUGUCCUGUACAGUGGGAGUAUGGUCGUCUCAACCUUAACUACACAGUUGUGUCUAAAAGGAAGAUUGCCAAACUUAUAUCAGAGGGAUUUGUAAGGGACUGGGAUGACCCUCGUCUGUUUACACUGACAGCAUUACGACGUAGAGGUUUCCCUGCAGAAGCCAUUAACUACUUCUGUGCUAAGGUUGGUGUCACAAUGGCUCAGACCGUUAUAGAUCCCAUCAUGCUAGAGUCAUGUGUCAGAGAGGUGCUCAACGUUGUAGCACCUAGGGCGAUGGCAGUCCUGGAGCCUCUGAAAGUUGUUAUUGAGAACUUCCCUGCAGAUGUCACUCGACGUGAGGUCACGGUACCUAACUUUCCCGGAGAUGAGUCCAGGGGCAGCCACAUUGUACCCUUCACUGAAGUUGUUUUUAUUGAGCGAUCUGACUUUAGAGAGGAUGCUGACAAAAACUACAAGCGCCUUGCUGUGAAUCAACCUGUUGGUCUUCGACAUACAGGCUUUGUCAUUAGUGUGGAUAGAGUCAUAAAGAACUCUGAGGGCGAAAUCACAGAGCUUAGAGUAAAGUGCAACAGUGCUUCUGAUGCUGCAAAACCCAAGGGAUUUAUUCACUGGGUUUCUGAACCAUUACCUUGUGAAGUUAGGCUGUAUGAAAGAUUAUUUCUCCACAAAAACCCAGAGGAUUCAAAUGAGGUGCCAGGAGGAUUUCUGUCAGAUGUCAACAGAGACUCUCUGACAGUUCUGUCAAAUGCCGUGGUUGAUGUGUCUGUACGUUCGGCCAAGGUCUUUGACAGGUUCCAGUUUGAGAGGAAUGGAUUUUUUAGCGUGGACCCAGACAGCACUCCAGACAGGCUGGUGUUCAACCGAACAGUGACCCUCAAAGAAGAUCCUGGGAAACAUUGAGACCUGUCAGCACACCCCUGAGAAACCUGACACCUUUCAUAGUUUAACUUUCUCAUCACUUACCCUCACAUUCUGACUGUUGCCACACAAUUGAGUCCCAAACCUGAAAAGGUUCUUGCAACGAUUUUGGGAGCUGAAAGGAAAAUACAAUCUUUGUUUUGCUCUUCAUAUUGUAGUACUUUAUUUAUUAUAUUUACGAUAAAUAAAACUUCAGUCCAUGAAUUAUUGUUAAAAAUGACACCAUUUAUUUGUCAAGUUGUGAAAAGUUAUGUUACAGGGUGGGUUGGGCAAGGGGAAGGUGAAGGUGACAUAUUCACAAGUGGGAGGGAGAGCUUGUCAUUGAAUUGCAGUCCUUUGUUUAGAAAUUGUAUAGAUACACAAUAAAAGUGACUUGUUUCUGAAAGAUGACCGGUUCGGCUUGGCUAUUUCUAAGAAUGCUACUUUACAUCUACUGUAUGCUUUUGAAGCUUUCAUUACAUUUUUGAAUUGGUGGGUGGGAGCUAGGCUACCUGUCUUUGUGUGUUGCCACUGUGGGAAGAACAGCUUUAUUGCUAGCAGUAGUGUGAAGCAUGUGCAUGUAGAGAAACAAGUAGCCCCGUCACUGGGUCAAUUUGGGAACAGUGUUGACUGAUCUUUACCUGCUGGAGUGACACCUAGUGAACUCCCUUCAAUAUUUAUACAUCUGUGACUCGUGUUCUGAUAGCUUCUCUGAACUUAUAUUCUUUGUUUGCUUGCAGCUUAUAUCUUGUUACACAGUCAUGGUUUUCAUCUUAAUAUAAGCAAGUUACGUUUAGAAAUCAUCACUUUUUUAAUUCUGUAUAUACAUUAUUUUUCAUUGUUAUGCAGGUAUUGUUUCAGUUUGGUGUCGGUCACACCAGCUAUAUUUGGAAUAAUUACUCUCAUAUUUGUUUCUGUUUUAUAGUGACUCUCUUUAUAGAAUGACAAUUUGUGAAAUUUGUAGCAGAUUUUUGAUGUUGAUAUCAACAAGGACUAUCAUUUUGUGUUUAGUUGUCCUGUCUAGGAAAAACAUUUAGAAUGGACUUUGCACAAGUGCGUAGCCAGCAUAAAGCAGAUAUAUUAACUCUUUGCUAAUUCCCACAACAUUUUUGAGAAACUUAGAUGUUUCCAUUACUUGAAUGCAAAUCAAACAGACUAGUAGAAAGUGGUUAAUCAGCACACUGAAAUGUUAAAGAAUAUGCUUACAUUUUUUUCCCUGGAGGGAGUAGUAUGAUACUACAUGUUGCUUGCUGGUGAUGGAUGAUAAUGAUAUGUGAAUCGAGUGGUAUAAAAUUAUACACCCACGA